AUGGGGUAUUUAGUGACGGAAUAUCGAUUGCAGUUGGUCUCAAGGCAACAAAAGGUAGGUGUACUGCUCUCCCUAGCCCUAGGGCUGGUAGCAGGAGCAGCUAUACCAGAAGUACCAGCAGUACCAGUCACCGACCACGAUGACUUAAACACCUCCGAGUUCAUCUGGGGAGGCUUAGGCUUCGGCCGCCCAUUUGGAUUUGGACGUCCUUAUGGAUUCGGCCGCCCUUUUGGAUAUGGAGGUUUUGGUGGUGGAUUUGGCGGUGGAUUUGGCGGUGGAUUCGGAUAUCCCGGUUUCGGAGGUGGAUUCGGCUACCCCGGUUUUGGUUAUGGAGGAUAUCCUGGGUUCGGUCGAGUUUACCCUGGGCUCGGAGGAUACUGGUUUUGA